AUGCAUCCGUUGCAAAGCGACAGCUUCGGUUGGGAAUUUUCAUUUGCCGAUUUUACUGUAGUGAAACUGUCGAUGAAGCGACGGUAUGCGAAGUCUAACGAGUUGAAUGUUGCAAAACACACCUCCCAAGAAAGCUGCUGGGUCGUUCUCCAUGGCAAAGUCUACGAUGUAACCGAGUUCCUCCCCGAGCAUCCCGGUGGCUCCCGUAUCAUCCUGCAGCUGGCCGGGCGUGAUGCCACCGCUGAGUUCGACCCCAUCCAUCCUCCCGGCACGCUCGAAGAUAAUCUCAAACCGGAAGCCUGCUUGGGCUCUGUUCCACCAGAUGAGCUUAAGAAGCUCCAACGGCAUAGCUCGCCUUCCAAAAAGGGGGCUGAUAAGGAGGUCAAGGUGCCGCCCCCUCCUCUGCACACUCUCCUCAAUAUGGACGACAUCGAAGCUGCCGCGAAAUCUCAAGUGUCCAAAAAGUGCUGGGCAUACUACUUCUCGGCUGCGGAUGACCUGAUCAGCAAGUCCUACAACACGGAAGCCUACCGCAAAAUCCACCUCCGUCCCCGUGUCUUUAUCGAUGUGACCUCUUGCUCAACCGCCACAACCUUACUUGGCCACCCAGUUGGCACACCCCUCUAUGUCUCCCCCGCUGCCAUGGCCCGCCUCGCCCAUCCCGACGGCGAGGCUGGCAUAGCCCGGGGCAUCUCCCGCUUCGGUGCUAUGCAACUCGUCUCACACAACGCAAGCAUGUCCCCCGAGCAAAUUGUUGCGGACGCCAAACCAGGCCAAAUCUUUGGCUGGCAGAUCUAUGUGCAAAAUAACCGCGCCAAAAGCGAAGCAAUGCUCGAGCGCAUCACACGCAUGCGCGACAAGUACAAGUGCAUCGUCCUAACGCUCGACGCCCCCGUGCCCAGCAAGCGCGAGCACGACGAAAAGGCCGCCCUCGAAGCCGCCAUGCAGUUCAACCCCAACCCUUCCCCGACAGGAGGAGCUGCUGCGAAGCAAACUACCGGAUCCGACAAGCCUAACGCCGCCGCCGGCAGCGGCAUCGGCCAGCAAAUGUUCUUUGGCACGGCCGCUGAUCUAACCUGGCACACCACCCUGCCCUGGCUGGCCAAGCACGCCCGCGGCCUACCGAUCGUGCUCAAGGGCAUUCAGACGCACGAAGACGCGUACUUGGCUGCUCGCUAUGCCCGCGCACACCCGGGCACGGUGCAGGCCAUCAUCCUGAGUAAUCACGGAGGGAGGUCGGUCGAUACGGCGCCGCCGGCUGUGCACACGCUGCUGGAGAUUCGGAAGUACUGUCCAGAGGUGUUUGAUGUGAUUGAGGUGUGGGUGGAUGGCGGCGUGAAGAGGGGCACGGAUGUGGUGAAGGCGUUGUGUCUGGGGGCGAAGGCGGUUGGUGUGGGCAGGCCGGCGCUAUGGGGAUUGGGAGCGGGUGGUUGGAAGGGGGUUGAGAGGGUCUUUGAGAUCUUUCAGGAUGAAAUCGUCACCUGUAUGAAGAUGCUUGGCGCAAGGAAUCUCUCUGAGCUGGGCCCUCACUUCCUCAACACCCGUAUGGUCGAGCGCGAUAUUUAUGACGGCCCCUCCAACAUCGACAGGUUAGGGCUGUGGGAGCCGCAAACCCCGUCCCGCGCCAAGCUCUAA